AUGCCGGAUAAGAUCAUGUGCAGGGCUUUCCCAACAACUCUUAAAGGAUCAGCACGGGUAUGGUUCAACAAACUAAAGGCAGGAACUAUCGAAACCUUUGAAGAAUUGAGUAAGGGCUUUGUGGGCCAUUUCAUUGCUGGCCAGAGGCAUAGAAGGCCGGCUACCCACCUCCUUACUGUGAAGCAACAGAAGGGAGAGUCACUGCGAGAUUACAUUAGUCGUUUUAACACGGAGAUGUUACAGGUAGAGGAAGCGGAUGACAAGGUGGCCCUAGCCGCCUUCAUGGGAGGGCUUCAAACCUCAAGAUUCCUCUUCUCUUUAUCAGAGGAACCUCCUACCAGCAUGGCCGAGUUAUUGGUUCGAGCUAAAAGACAUAUGAAUGCUGAAGAUGCAAUGAUUGCGAGAAAGGGAAAAAAAGGGGAGGAUAAGAAGUCAGACAAGAAAAGGCCGGCCCUGACGAUCAAAGAUGAAAAGGAAACUAAGUAUAAGAAGCCCAUGGUCAACCAGAAUGAAAGGGCAUCUCGCUAUAAGAAUGCGGAGAGGUAUACAAAUUACACUCCUUUAAAUAUGCCGAUAGAUCAAGUUUUCCUGCAGAUCCAGGAUGAGCCAUAUCUGAAGUGGCCAUCGAAGUUGAAGUCAGAUUCGGCAAGGAGACCUCGUGAUAAGUAUUGCAGGUUCCAUAAAGACCAUGGGCAUGCUACAGAGGAUUGCUUCGACCUUAAGGAUCAGAUUGAGACUCUGAUCCGAAGAGGGCAUAUGCGAAAGUUUAUUGUGGGGAAUGACAGAACAGACAUUAACCCACUAAGAGCAGGCCGAGACAACCACCCUUCUGAUCAACAACCAAUAGGAGAGAUCAGGGUCAUAGCCGGGGGGUGUGCAGGAGGUGGAAAAUUGAGUUCCACCCGUAAGGCCUAUGCCAGGAGAAUGCGAAACUCAUCUGAGGUGUGCGAAGUAGGAGUACAGAUUCAACAUCGAAAGAUGCCUCGUUUAGGUGAUCCAGUUAUUACAUUCUCAGAUGAAGACAUGAAGGAUGUGCAGCAACCUCAUGACGACCCUCUUGUCGUCACCAUGAUGAUCGCUAACUAUAAUACUCGGCAAAUCUUGGUAGAUAAUGGAAGUUCAGCUGAUAUCAUUUUUCUUGAUGCAUUCAGCAAGAUGAAGAUUGGUAAGGAGAAACUCAGACUUACUAGAUCACCAUUGGUGGGAUUCACGGGAGACAAGGUCUAUCCUCUAGGAGCAGUCAUCCUUCCUGUCACUGCAGGAACCAGCCCAAAACAAGUCACUGUCAUGGUCGACUUCCUGGUGGUGGAUUGUCCAUCUGCUUACAAUGUCAUCCUAGGAAGAGCGACCUUAAAUUCGAUAAAGGCCAUCACUUCGACUUAUCACCUAUUAAUGCGCUUCCCUACCGAGCAUGGCGUAGGCGAACUAAGAGGAGAUCAGUCCACUGCCAGAGAAUGCUAUGUUGCCUCUCUCAAAGAAAAGAGGUAG